GGAUAGGAAAGAUCUACGUAGCCUGGUAGGGCCUCAGUUUUCUCAUCUGUGAAACAGGAACGACAUAGGAACAUCCCAAGGUUGUCGUAAGAAUUAAGUGAGAAAAUGUCACCCCAGGAGUUUUCAGCCCUGGCCGCGAUGUUUGCUUCCUGCUGACGGGAAAGUCUUCCUCAAUUUAUGGUUCAUACCCCAUCCUUCUGAAGUGCUGAUUAUGUUCAAAACUCUGCCUGUAAAGGUAGCUUUUAGAGCCUUAAAGCUAACUCUACAGCUGAUAGCCCCUCUCCACGACAUUGUGGCCUACCUCUUCAGUUUGGCUAAACAUGGAAAUUAUCCAGCACGUUUUGAAUUUCCUCUAAGUCCUAACCCUCUGAGAGGCAACUGGGAAGGAACUAAGGGUAUUGGGUCUGAGCUUCAAGAGCUGCAGAAAAUGAUUGACAGCCUCCAGAGCCCCCAAGACCCCACUCUGGUGUCCCAGGUCCUCCUCCUUCAAAGGGAGGUUAUGUUUCUGCAGUUUGACGCUGCAGUGAGGUACCUCAUCCGAAGAACAUUUUUGGCACCUGGAAAUGCUCCUGCCUACCAGUCUAUCACAGAUGACGUGUAGCAUGGGUUGCCGCCACUGAGCAACUCUCUCAUGAAGAGCAUCUUUGCUUCCCAGCUCAGCCUGCCACAGCCGCUGGAUCCACAGAGCCUCCAGGCAUUUGUGCUGUUCCCUUAGAGAGCAUUUCUGGAAGAUGGAGGACCAUUUCCAGUUACAAGUAGCAGCCCAGAUACCCUAGAAUAUAAGAUGCAGGUAGGAUAGGUCUUCCCACUUGUCACAGAGAGAGCCGAAUGCAGACCGCAAAGCAGGUGUCAUUGGGUCCAUAGGUCUGAUCCUUCAUACUCUAGGCAGUGGUGAAUAAUUUAUGAGAUAAGCAAGGUGUUUGGUUAUGAAACUGCAAACCCAGUGCUGCAAGGUGAGUUAUGUUUGCUUAUGACAGAAGAAAAUCAUGGUUUUAGCUGGCAUCAGACUUGAAACAGCUGAAAUACUCAUGGCUAAUAAUGAUCUGGGGGAGUGGUCAUCCAUUUCUGGUCACUCUCGGGGCCUCUUAGAGUAACUCCCAGGCUGGCAGUUCAGAGACGUGUGACUACUGACCAACCUACAGUAGUAGGAAGAGAACUCUUUAAGCAG